AGAAGCUCCCCCUCCACCUGUGACACCAUGACCGAAUCGUGCUGCUCCCCUUGCUGCCAGCCUACGUGCUGCAGGACCACCUGCUGCAGGACCACCUGCUGCCAGCCCAGCUGCUGCGGGUGCGGCGGUGGCUGUGGACAAGGCGGCUGCGGGUCCAGCUGCUGUGGGUCCUGCUGCUGCCAGCCUUGCUGCUGCCGCCCAACUUGCUGCCAGACCACCUGCUGCAGGACCACCUGCUGCCGGCCCAGCUGCUGCGCGUGCGGCGGCGGCUGCGGGUCCAGCUGCUGUGGGUCCUGCUGCUGCCAGCCUUGCUGCUGCCGCCCAACUUGCUGCCAGACCACCUGCUGCAGGACCACCUGCUGCCGGCCCAGCUGCUGUGUGUCCAGCUGCUGUCAGCCCAGCUGCUGUGGGUCCAGCGGCUGCGGACAAACUUGCUGUGGCUCCAGCUGCUGUCAGCCAGCCUGCUGUACCCCUGUGUACUGCACGAGGACCUGCUACCACCCCACCUGUUGCUGCUUGCCUGGAUGCCUCGCCCAGGGCUGUGGAUCCAGCUGCUGCUAGCCUGCUUGCCAGCCAAACCGCCGCCAUAACGCCUGCUGGAGGACCACCACAUACCCACGGCGGCCGCGGCCACCCCUGCUGCGUGUCCGGCGGCUGCCACACUUCCUCCUGACAACCGCCUCACCAACAACCCACAACGGCACACAGCACCGAUUGGCCAGCGGGGAAACGGACACUGCCCAACGUUGCCCAAACCCAGCAUGCAGUCGCCAACAUUUCUGCGACUCACCUGCCUGUUCAAAGCCUUGGACAUCGGCUGGAGGAAGUGUGGACCACUUCUCCUGAUUCUCUUCUUCCUCAGGUCUUGGGAGUCCCCUGCCAGCGUCACGCAUCCGGACAUGGAGUCAAGAUCUCUGCCUUGACUCCACAGUCAAGAGGGUCAUCCUGCCUGACGACCUUGGAGAAAUAAAGCCCCUCACACCUGGUAGAAAUGCAUUCUUUUGCAACUAUUGGUGUCUGCGCAAGGAGGGUUUCCUUCUCGCUGCAUUCAUGGUCCUU